AUGGUUCGGGUGCUGGUUCCAAGCGUUGACAAUAUUUCUCAGGCCCUGGAAAAUUCGGAGAAGGGAAUCCAAAUUGAGUGGAUUGGCACGAGCACCUUCUUUUUGGAGCACAAUAUUGAGCUUCAAGGAGCAGGACAUCUAGAUAGUCUCAUUGCUUUUCGCAAAGCUCUUAUUCACGAUCUUUUGAUCUCACCUUACGACCCCUCUCUUCUCAUCGACCUCAGUGCCGUGGAAUCCAAGCUCGGAUUUACCGAUACAGGUGCAGCUAAUGCGCACAAGGCCCUCGUUUUGACUGAGGCCGCCUUAAAUGUCAAUACGUUUCUACAACAUCCGAGAGAUCUUGGUACUCUUGUCUAUGAGGCAAUAAGUAAGAGACUCGGAACUGAGUCACCCGUCGUCAUUGCCGAUGAGAUAACAAGUUUGAAUCUUCAAACAUAUCGAGAGCUUGUGAACGGACUCCUUGGGUGUGCGGAUUUCUGGGAUGGACUGGUCCAAGCAAAGGCUGGCCUGAAUCGUUUCCCUCGAGAUGCAGAACUCUUGGAAAUGCGGGGAGAUCUGAAGACGGCCUUUCUGGCGCGACACAAGGGGCUCAGGGAAGUCUUGGGCAAUGAGAAAGACAUCGUGGCGUCUACAAGGACGGGCAAGAUCUAUCAGAAGCAGUAUCCGUGGAUGGAUCAGAGUCUUUGUAUCCGCACGCCCGAUUUGCUGCGCCAUGUCAACGCAGGACUUGCUGGGAAUGGAACAUGCCAAGUCGAGCCUGUUGUAUUUGGGUCGUCAUCCCAACUUCCAAAAUUGCCCACCAAAGAAAACGAGGACGUUGGUCCUCUUGGUUUAUUCGCCGCGAGAGACAUCAAAUUAGACGAGAAAAUCAUGGUCGAUCAAUGCGUGACCGGCAUAUCCGAUGUCUCUCCAACAAGACUCAAGCACUGCGAGGCCUGCCAUGGAGCCCUCGUUGCACCUUAUAUGCACCCUACUCGAAUCAUCCGUCCAACUUGCUGCAAAACGGCAGCGUUCUGCAGCAUAGCUUGCCAUGAUACAGCACUUGCUGGCUAUCACAAGUUAAUGUGUAAGAAGAGUUUUGAUUGGCUCUUCGAGAGUCAGGGUUUGAUGGGCAAAGAAGGAUGUGGUACACGCUGGCGCCCAAUCCUCUUCCUUCGAGUGGUAGCCAUUGUCCUAGCAGAAGCUCGAGAACGAGCGAAAAAGGGAGAGCUAGCUAUCCACCCUCUGCAAUACCCACUGAUCGCACGGAUGGCCGCGAACUACUCUCCGGCAGACAAAGUGCAACCAGGUGUUAGCCACGAUUGGCAAUAUUUCGAGAAUGUUGUGGCACCCACCCGAAUCUUGAUGCAACUCGGCAUCAAUGUCUUCACCGACUCACAUUGGACUCCGGAGGUCAUUCAAACCAUAUUUUGGCGCAUCGAAAACAAUGCAAAUAUGGGAAAGACGAAUCUCACUGGGAAACAAAUAGUUAUGGUUAAUCUUAACCCGAACUACUUGUUCUUUAAUCACAGCUGCGAACCGAAUGUCUCGUGGCAUGGUGCCGUCCCAUCGGGUGAUGUUAGUAUUGAUUGGCUGAAGGGCAUGAAUGGUGAAAUCCUGAGCCCAGGAUGCUCUGCCGUUUGGUGCACCGCUGCACGUGAUAUCAGGAAGGGUGAAGAGUUGAAGAUUUCAUACAUUGGGAAUCCUCUUGGAAGCAAGGGUGAUGGAGAGGGAAGUGAGGGCGAGGGCGAGGCUGAUGAGGGGCGACACACGAAGAGAGCUUGGCUCGAGAAAUGGUUCGACAGGGGAUGUGGCUGCCGAAUCUGCGAAAAGGAGAAUAUGGAAACUGAUCGUUUGGAGGCAGUCGAGGCGGAGAGGGAGAAGGCAUUAUAG